AUGUCUCACCUACCGAUAAAACUGCUGCGCAGAAAGAUCGACAAGCGGAACCUAAAGUUGCGGCAGCGAAACCUAAAGCUACAGGGGGCCUCAGAUGUGAGCCUAUCAGAGACCCAAAAUAGAGAUGUGUCUGAAGAAAUUGUGGAAGCUGGAAAAGUUAAAAAGUCCCUAAAACAGUCUAUGAAUGUGGGCUUGUCAGAAGCCCAAAAUGGAGACAUGGCUAAUGAAACAGUAAAAAACAUUAAAGUUAAAAAAUCCCCAAAGAAGUUUACUGUAUUAACCAAUGGUGAAGCAGCAACACAGUCACCCAAUUCAGAAUCAAAAAAGAAAAAGAAAAAGAAGAGAAAAAUUGUAGAAAAUGCUGGGCCUGAUGCAAAAAAAGCAAAAACCGAAGAUAAAGCGGAGUCUGAAGAAGAAGGUGCUGGAGCUCCUGAAGAAACAGAAAAUAACGUGAAGCAGCCAGAUGAUGAUGACAAUGACAAUGAAGUGGCCACGUUGCCCCUGGGACUGACAGGAGCUUUUGAGGAUACUUCAUUUGCAUCCCUAACUAACCUUGUCAGUGAAAACACUCUAAGGGCGAUAAAAGAAAUGGGCUUUACGAACAUGACUGAAAUUCAACAUAAAAGUGUCAGACCACUUCUGGAAGGCAGAGAUCUUCUAGCAGCUGCGAAGACAGGCAGUGGCAAAACCCUGGCAUUUCUCAUCCCUGCUAUUGAACUCAUUGUUAAGUUAAAAUUCAUGCCCAGGAAUGGAACAGGAGUCCUUAUUCUCUCACCUACUAGAGAGCUGGCCAUGCAGACGUUUGGUGUGCUUAAGGAGCUAAUGACCCACCACGUCCACACAUAUGGGUUGAUAAUGGGGGGCAGUAACAGAUCUGCUGAAGCACAGAAACUUGUUAAUGGGAUCAACAUCAUCGUGGCCACGCCGGGUCGACUCCUGGACCAUAUGCAGAAUACCCCAGGGUUUAUGUAUAAAAACCUACAGUGUCUUGUUAUUGAUGAGGCUGAUCGUAUCUUGGAUGUUGGGUUUGAAGAGGAAUUAAAGCAAAUUAUUAAACUUCUGCCAGUACGCAGACAGACCAUGCUCUUUUCUGCCACACAAACUCGAAAAGUUGAAGACCUGGCAAGAAUUUCUUUGAAAAAGGAGCCAUUGUAUGUUGGUGUUGAUGAUGAUAAAACUAAUGCAACAGUGGAUGGGCUUGAGCAGGGAUAUGUUGUUUGUCCCUCUGAAAAGAGAUUCCUUCUGCUCUUUACAUUCCUUAAGAAGAACCGAAAGAAGAAAAUGAUGGUAUUCUUUUCAUCCUGUAAGUCUGUGAAAUACCACUACGAGUUGCUGAACUACAUCGAUUUGCCUGUCUUGGCCAUUCAUGGAAAGCAGAAGCAAAAUAAGCGGACGACCACCUUCUUCCAGUUUUGCAAUGCAGAUUCGGGGACACUGUUGUGUACAGAUGUGGCAGCUCGAGGGCUGGAUAUUCCUGAAGUCGACUGGAUUGUUCAGUAUGACCCUCUAGAUGACCCUAAGGAAUAUAUUCAUCGUGUGGGUAGAACAGCCAGAGGCCUAAAUGGAAGAGGACAUGCCUUGCUCAUUUUGCGCCCAGAGGAAUUGGGUUUCCUUCAUUAUUUGAAGCAGUCCAAGGUUCCAUUAAGUGAGUCUGAGUUUUCUUGGUCCAAAAUUUCUGACAUCCAGUCUCAGCUUAAGAAAUUGAUUGAAAAGAACUACUUCCUUCAUAAGUCAGCCCAGGAAGCAUAUAAGUCAUACAUUCAAGCAUAUGAUUCCCAUUCUCUGAAACAAAUCUAUAACGUCAAUAACUUAAAUUUGCCUCAGGUUGCUCUGUCUUUCGGUUUCAAGGUGCCUCCUUUUGUUGAUCUAAAUGUGAACAGCAACGACGACAAAUGGAAAAAGAGAGGAGGAGGUGGCGGAUUCGGCUACCAGAAAGCCAAGAAAAUUGAGAAGUCCAAAAUCUUCAGAAACAUUAGCAAGAAAUCAUCUGACAGAAGGCAGUUCUCUCACUGA